AUGGUGAAUGAUGUCCUAGCCAUACAUAAUGGAAAUUAUAGUUGGAAUAUUGCCUUCGAGAGGGGUUUGCAGGAUUUGGAACUGGAUGAUUAUGCACUGCUUUUGACCUCCUUACACGAGGUGCAUAUUAAAGUGGGAGAGGAUGAUAGGAGCAAAUGGAAGUCGGGGCGGGAUGGUAUUUACUCAGUCUGCACUUAUUUGAGAUCCAUAUUGGGAUCGACGGAGAGUUCAUUUCCUUGGAAGAUGACAUUAACGGUGGAUAAUCUUCAUAGAAAAGGUUUUUACGUUACCGAAUGGUGUUAUAUGUGCAAGAGAGACGGAGAAACGAAUGACCAUUUGUUCCUCCAUUGUGAAGGUGUCCGGUGGUUGUGGAACACUAUUCUAACUUCCCAACAUAUGGAUUGGGUGAUGCCUAGGCGUAUGGAGGAUGUGUUGCGGGCAUGGAGCAGAAAAUUUCGAGAUAAGGAUAGUGGGCUUGUGUGGAACCUUUUUCCGGGAUGCAUUGUAUGGUGUGUAUGGAGAGAAAGAAACAUCCGUUGUUUCGAAGACCAAGCAAAAACAACAGAGCAAAUUAGAGAAUGGUUUUAUAUGACUUUGUAUACUUAG